AUGAGCUUCAAUUUUACAGGUACGACUGGACGGAAAAGGAACAUAAAUCUUGGAGGUAGGUCUCUAACGACUAAGAAUAAAUCAAUAUUCCUAAAAACUGCUCAAUUAGAACGUGAAAGGAGAGAACGACAACGGACGGAAAUGCAAUCGGCAGUUUUCAUUCAAUCUGCAUGCAGAAGAUAUCUGGAUUUAAAGAGAACCAGAGGAGCAUUAUCCGAAUCGUGGGGUACUGAUGGUUCUAUUGGAUCAUUUGUAUUUUUUUUCCCCUAUGUGGUCAAGGAACAAGAUAAGAACAGGUCAAUCGAACAACUGAGGAUAAUUGAAAGCAUAGUUAGCGGGUUAAGUGAACACGACUUAGAAAAACUGAUAGAAACAUUAGCUUUGACAUUUACAAAACUGGGUGAUCCAUCUUCCAGCCCCGUAUUAUCGUUGAGUAUAUUAAAAGUGAUGGAUGUGAUUUUUGAGAAAUUGCCGAAGUUUGAACUUCACUGCUCACUAGCUCAACAAUUUGCGAAAUGCUUGCUAAAAGCAUACAUUGGGGAACUUAAGCAGGCUUUGUAUUACAUAAUGAAGUUUUCUGAACAUUUACCAUAUACCAGCUCGAUUGAAACGCUUACAUACAAAUUUAUUGAUCCACUAGCAGACUCAUCGAAGAAUAAAUGGAAUAUUGAGUACGACAAGUUUCUCAUGUACAUUUUGAAAAAUCCUGAUUCGGAGCAAUGUUUUAAAACACUUGAUCAAACAUCGGCUAUUACUUUAGUUGUAAGAUUGUCAGAGUCAAUUCACACAUAUCCUGAGUUGGUGAUAAGUAAAGAAGCAAUAUAUCCGUACUUUUUCCGAAAUGUUGCAUUUUUGCUUGAUUUAGUGGACUAUCCUAUAUUGGUACAAUCAGAAGAGGAAAUGGCUGUCGACUACAAGAGCACGUUAGUUAUACCCAAUCGUGAUUUCGAAUCCCUCAAGUUAUUGUACGAAACAGCGGAGUUUGAUAAGUUUCAACGUCUUCAACCUAGUAAUGAUAUACUUUUGGAUUAUAUUUCAUCUUUGUUGCAUUUUAGUUCGUUAAUUAAGAACGACAGAAGUAAUACUCUCAAAUUGCGUGUUGACUUGAACUGGAUUCUUAGAGACAAAAAUAGUUUUUUAAUUAGUGAAUGCUUCAACCGAUUGUCGGUUUCCAAAUUGGCGAAUGACUUUCUGAAUUUUGCAGAGCUGCAAAAGUUCAUUAAAGUUCAGGAAUAUAAUAAAUGGUGGAAUGCUAUGUUGAUAUUUCAAGAAUAUUUACUUAAUCUCCUAACUUUUUCAACUAAUGAGAAUUUUUUCAGUUUAUUAGUGAUUUCAAAGGAGCAAUUUUUAGCCUACACCAACUUUUUGAAAGUGUUUGUUAGUGAAAUCCUACUCAAAUAUAGAGAUGUUAAGAUUGAAAAUCAAAGUAGAAAGUUCUUUUUGUCGUCUUUCAAAAAGCUACUAACAUUACUUCACGGACUUUACAUGAAAGACUUAAAGUUGAAAUUCACAAGCGAUUAUAACUCUAAAAGCUAUAACAAUAAAGGUAGCUUUUGGAUAUUAUCGAAAUUUGAUCUUGAUAUUAAUUCAGUGGUCAAUAUUGUUCCAAUAAUUGAUCAAUUGCAUCAGUCCUUGUUGGAGUAUGAUGAAGGCGAACAAGAAAAUAACGAAGAGAAUGAUUAUCUAAGGGAACCACAUCUUCUUAGUUUUCUUAAAUCUUCCCCACCAAAGAAGGUGAUUGAUUCAUUGUACCUACUCACAUAUGCACCGUACAUGAUACCAUUUGAGAAAAGAGCAGAGAUUUUCCAUGCAUUUAUUGAGUAUGAUAAAAGGGAUAAUGACAUCAAUUCAUGGUUCCCCACAAAAAUUGAGGGGGUUAUUUCAAGGGAUAAUAUCUUGUUUGACGCAUACAAGUAUUAUGGGAAAACCAGGGGAAAAGACUUCAAACGGCCUUUUGCAGUUCAAUUCAUCAACCAUUUUGGAGAAGCGGAAGCGGGUAUUGAUGGAGGAGGACUAACAAAGGAACUCUUGACGAGUGUUGUAUCAUGCGCAAUGACUCCUUCUGAGAGUAACCGCCAGGCUAACAGAGGUUUAGAGUUUUUCAGGAUAGGCACUGAUUACCAUUUAUAUUUCAAUCCGGAGUUUUAUUUCAAACUAUACUACGAAAGAGAACAGCACAGCAAAGUGCCAUAUGCAUGCAGUAACGAAGAAUAUUUGCACAUGUGUCAUUUCUUGGGUAUGGUUAUUGGGAAAUGUUUGUAUAGCAAUAUAUUACUUGACGUUUCCUUUACAUCAUUCUUUUUAAUUACAUGUGCUAAAAUGGGAGGUCAAUAUUUCAGAAAUUUAGUUGGUGAUAAAGUAGAUUUUAUCGGUUAUUCUGUAUCUCUUGAUGAGUUAAAGAAUAUUGACGAAGCUUUAUAUCAAAGUGUCAAUUAUAUUCUAAAACAAACAGAGGAAUCCAAGUUCAAAAGUAUGGGUAUCCAAUUUUCAGUUGACGACGAGUUUUAUGAUAUUAAUGGGAAAAACUAUCAUGUUAGUAUUCCCUUAUUGAGAAAUAAAGAUGGAUCAGUAGUUGAAGUGACGAAUGGCAACAAAAUGCAAUUUGCUAGAAUGUUAGCAAGCUUCAAACUAUCUAAGCAAAACAAACUCGAGAUGAAGUCGUUUGUGGAUGGACUAUUCCAAGUAAUAAGACCUCAUUGGCUACUCUUAUUCAACCCCAUAGAACUACAAACCCUAAUAUCUGGUGAUGAUGAAAUCGACAUUGAAGAUUUGAGAAGGAAUGUUGUUUACGGAGGGGGUUACACAGAAGAAGACCAAACAAUCAAGGAUUUGUUUGAGAUAUUGCACGAGUUUAAUCAUGAAAACCGAUCCAAAUUUAUCAAAUACGUCACCUCCUCCUCGAAACAACCGUUAUUAGGCUUCAAAGAGCUUGAUCCACAUUUUGGGAUAUUCAAUGCCGGUGCAGACACCAAUAGGCUUCCAACAGCAUCUACUUGUGUGAACCUCUUGAAACUCCCCAAUUAUAAAGACAAAGACCAACUACGAAGGAAACUUCUUUAUGCCAUCACUAGCAAUGCCGGAUUUGACCUUUCAUAG